CGCUAGAUACCUUAUCUCCCUCUGUGCGUAAUCCCCUCUCCUAACUCGGUGGCUGGAACUCGCUCCUCUAUAUAAGACCGUUAUGUUUCCCCGGAUCCGAUCCUGCAGCCAGCCAGCCAGGGUGUGUGGACGUUGACAUCCAUCUCUCUUUGCCAUCUUUUUUUCUCCGCCAUCUCAAUUCUUCGUGCAAGGCUGCUCCAUCAUCAUCAAUCAGCAUGGAUCCCUACGAGGUGGAGAAGGGUGGCUAUCCAGCUACCCAAGGCUACAGCAAUGACGAACGCUCUGUCCAACAGGGUCACUCCACAGUCGCCGGAGCGACGGGGCGCGGUGGGGAAACCCAUCGAGGCCUCAAGAGUCGUCACAUCCAAUUUUUAGCUCUUGGAGGUGCUAUUGGAACAGGUCUCUUCGUUGGUUCUGGUGGGAUUCUCGCCUUGACCGGCCCUGCUCCGCUUUUCAUGGCCUACCUUUCCAUGAUGCUUGUCGUCUACAAUGUCAUGAACAAUUUGGCUGAAAUCGUCACCUACCUGCCAAUGAAGGGUAUUACCAUGCCUUACUUUGUCAAGCGCUUUGUGGACCCUUCUUUGGCUUUCGCUACCGGCUGGAAUUAUUGGUAUGCGUACGCCAUCCUCGUCGCUGCCGAAGCUACUGCAGGAGCCAUUCUUCUCGACUAUUGGGCCACCCCAGUCCCUGCGGCAGCGUGGAUUACCAUCUUUCUCGUCGUUAUUCUUUUCCUCAACGUGGUAGCUGUCGAACUUUUUGGUGAGGCUGAAUUUUGGUUCGCUUCCAUCAAGUUUUUGACCAUCAUGGGCUUGAUCAUUCUUGGUUUCGUCAUCAUGCUGGGUGGCAGCCCAAACGACCAAGGUCGACUUGGAUUCCGCUACUGGAACAAUCCGGGCGCAUUCAAUGAGUACUUGGUAGAAGGCAGUACGGGCCAUUUCCUGGCCUACUGGACCGCCUUCGUCCGCGCUGGUUUCGCUUUCAUCACAUCCCCAGAGUUGAUUGCUUUGGCUGCUGGUGAGACGGUCGCUCCUCGCCGGAACAUUCCCAAGGCUGCUUCACGAUUCGUCUAUCGUUUGGCCAUCUUCUACGGCUUUGGCUCCUUCAUCAUCGGCGUCAUCGUUCCCUCCGAUGAUGACCGUCUUCUCAGCCCCACCUCCAAUGCCACUGCAUCGCCAUUCGUUAUCGGAAUCUCGCGCGCGGGUAUCAAAGGUCUGAACCACGUUAUCAACGCAGCCAUCCUGACUUCUGCUUGGUCUGCCGGAAACGCUUUCCUGUUCUCCGGUUCGCGUAUCCUUUACGGUAUGGCCUUGUCUGGUGAUGCUCCCAAGAUCUUCGGCAAAACUAGCAAGAAAGGUGUACCUUACAUGGCUGUUCUGGCCACCUGGGCCAUUGGACUCCUCGCGUACCUUAAUGUGUCCAGCACUGGCGCUCAAGUCUUCACCUGGUUCAGCAAUAUUUCUACAAUCUCUGGCUUCAUUGCUUGGAUUGUCUGCAUGAUCACUUAUAUCCGCUUCCGAAAAGCAAUGGUGUACAACAGACUGUUGGAUACCUUACCCUUUCGAACUCCAUUCCAGCCGUAUCUUGUUUGGUUCAUUCUUGGAGUUGUCAGUCUCUUGACAAUCACGAACGGUUUCCACGUCUUCUUCGACUGGUCGGUUGCCGACUUCCUGGCUGCUUACAUCACAAUCCCGAUAUUCCUUAUCCUCUAUAUUGGACACAAGAUUGUUUUCAAAACUGCAUUUGUCAUCAAAGUUAGCGAGAUUGACGUGAUAUCUGGGAAGAAGGAGAUGGAUGAGGAAUGUGCAAAUGAUGUGGAACCUGUUCCCAAGAACUUUUUGCAAAAAGCAUGGUACUGGAUUGCUUGA